AAGCUAAUGACGGCAGAGGUCCAGCAGCCCCCCGCGCAGACCCCUGCUCAGAGCAGCCCCAUGUCUGCUCCGGAGAAGCCGCACGGACAGACGGUGGUGAUGGAAACCGCGUCCUCCACGACGAAAACCAAAAAGAGCAACGCGGGGAUCCGGCGGCCGGAGAAGCCCCCCUACUCAUACAUCGCCUUGAUCGUCAUGGCGAUCCAGAGCUCUCCGACCAAGCGCCUGACGCUGAGCGAAAUCUACCAGUUCCUGCAGAGCCGCUUCCCGUUCUUCAGGGGCUCUUAUCAGGGAUGGAAGAACUCGGUGCGUCACAACUUGUCCCUGAACGAGUGCUUCAUCAAGCUGCCCAAGGGCCUGGGCCGGCCUGGGAAGGGCCACUACUGGACUAUCGACCCGGCCAGUGAGUUCAUGUUCGAGGAGGGCUCCUUCAGGAGGAGGCCCCGCGGCUUCAGGCGCAAGUGCCAAGCGCUCAAGCCCAUGUACAGCAUGAUGAACGGCCUGGGCUUCAACCACAUCCCCGACUCCUACAACUUCCAGGGGGGCGGCGGGGGUCUGUCCUGCCCGCCCAACAGCUUGGCUCUGGACAGUGGGAUCGGAAUGAUGAACGGACACCUGGGGGGGAACAUGGACGGGAUGUCUCUGCCCGGUCACUCCAUGUCCCACUUGUCUGCAAACGGUGGACAUUCGUACAUGGGGAGCUGCGCGGGAUCCACUGGGAGCGAAUACCCCCACCACGACAACUCCGCCUCGCCUCUGCUCACCAGCGGGGGGGUCAUGGAGCCUCACCCGGUCUACUCGAGCUCAGCCUCGGCCUGGGCUCCGGCCCCCUCGGCCUCCCUGAACAACGGGGCCUCAUACAUCAAACAGCAGCCGCUGUCUCCGUGUAACCCCGGAGCCAACAGCCUGCAGCCCAGUCUGCCCACACACUCACUGGACCAGUCGUACCUGCACCAGAACGGCCACAGCACAGAUCUACAAGGUAUCCCUCGGUACCACUCCCAGUCUCCCAGCAUGUGUGACCGGAAGGAGUUCGUGUUCUCAUUUAACGCCAUGACGUCCUCCGCCAUGCACUCCCCGGGCAACGGCGCCUACUACCACCACCAGCAGGUCUCCUACCAGGACAUCAAGCCCUGCGUCAUGUGAUCAUGUGACCCGCACACCUGCCCAGGUGUCAAUAAGGACCCGAGCCGAGCCGAGCCGGGCCGCGGGACCAAAUGAUGAGAAUCAACUGUGGACAGCCCGGCCCGGGGCGCACUGCUCCAGAACUCGGACCUCUUCCGUGUGUUUUACGCACGGCGCCAAGAAACAGACCUGAUAUUAAUAAUAUAUAUUAAUUAAAAAAAAAAACUUUUUAAAGUUUCAUGGAGCAGAAAAAAACCAAGAAAAUGAGCGGACUGGAAACCCAGCAGCUGUUUGGUACUUUAGUCCUGCAGAGCAGAUGACUUCCGUCACAUUUUCCUUUUAUGUUUAUUCAUCCUCUAAAAUAC